AGGUCUUGACGUCCAACAAAGCCGAGACUCGAGAGUAGUCCAAACCACAGGAAAACCACAAAGAGAGAGAGAGAGAGAGACUGAGUAUCCGGUCAUUCCAUGAUGCCUUUAAAUUGCUCAAGCCUGGUUUUCAGAGUCCCGUAUAUCCUGGCACAAACCAGACUAACAAACACCAAGAAGUUAACAUCAACAAGCUGUGUAGGAAGUUGCUUCACAACGCAUAGUUACCAAAACAAGUCCUUCCACAUUGUUUCUCAGUUUAACCAAAAUUACUCUUCUUCCCCAGUAAUGGAAGACCAGACAAACCUUCUUUCAUCUCCGAGGCCAGAAAAUUAUUCCAAGGAAUUGAUUGUUGCUGUCAGGGUUGUUCAGAUGGCAUGUUCACUAUGUCAGAAAGUUCAGGACAGUUUGAUUUCUAAAACCAACAGUCCAGUUCAUUCCAAAGAUGACAAUUCUCCUGUCACUGUGGCUGAUUGGAGUGUUCAAGCAACGGUAAGCUGGAUACUUUCUGAAUCCUUUGGAUGUAGAAAUGUGUCUAUUCUUGCUGAAGGAGAUGUUCAGAGACUCUCUGUGGCUGAUGCAAGUGGCCUGUUAGAUGCUGUGGUGAAACUGGUCAAUGACUGUCUAGCUGAGGCAACUUAUUUUGGGCUUAAGGGUCCGGACUCACCACUUGGGAGUUCAGAUGUUCUUGAAGCCAUUAGCCGAUGCAAUUCAACAGGAGGCCCUACUGGAAAAUUUUGGGCGCUUGACCCUGUUGAUGGUACAUUGGGGUUUGUCCGUGGUGAUCAAUAUGCUGUUGCUUUAGCAUUAAUAGAGGAUGGAGAAGUAGUGCUUGGUGUUCUUGGUUGCCCAAAUUAUCCGAUGAAGAAAGAAUGGCUAAGUUAUCAUCAUCGCUAUCACAGAAUCAUAUCUAAAUUGACCCCACCAACAUCUGAGUCGUGGGAUAAAGGUUGCGUGAUUUAUGCAAGGAAAGGCAGUGGUGAGGCUUGGAUGCAGCCUUUACACCACAAGAAUAAGCUGCUAGCGUGGCCAAACUCUGCAAUACCAGUUCGAGUAUCCUUAAUUGAUAAUCCAGCAUUGGCUACUUUCUGUGAACCAGUUGACAAGUCAAAUUCAAGCCACUCCUUCACAGCAGGAUUAGCUCACAGUGUUGGGCUUAGGAAGCAACCACUGCGUGUAUACAGUAUGGUAAAAUAUGCAGCCAUAGCUCGAGGGGAUGCUGAAAUAUUUAUGAAGUUUGCAAGGACUGGGUACAAGGAAAAGAUAGGGGAUCAUGCUGCUGGUGUUAUUAUCAUACAGGAGGCUGGAGGUGUUGUAACAGAUGCAGGAGGAUCUCCUCUCGACUUUUCGAAGGGUAUAUUCUUGGAAGGUCUUGAUCGAGGUAUAAUUGUGUGUGCUGGAGCUAAACUACAUGAAAAAAUCAUCAGAGCUAUCGAUGAUAGCUGGAACUCCUCUAAUCUAUAAUCGAUUUACCAUGUACGUUGAUUACCAUAAAGGUAAAUGCUUGAUACAGUGAGGAUGCUAUGACAUAGUCUUUAUGUUUAUUUCUGUUUAUAAAGCUCAAGAUAACAGGCUGCUUCAGCAUCAACCAAGAGUUGCUUUUCUAUUUUAAGUUGUUCCAAUAACUCUGUAAAGAAUGGGCUGUUCCCCCCUGUAUUAAUGCCAUUGUAAAUAAAUAAAACCAAGAGAAUAUGCUUAUAAUUAGUUUCUUCUUUAAUUUAAUUUUGAAUUAUUAUGGUGU